CGUGCCUCCACUGCAGCUUAAAACCAGAAACAUCCUUCUGGAAGCUCAAAUCUAAUCCUUAAAAACAACAAACACCUUAAACACUUGAAAGGCGGCGCUGGAUUAAGAUUAGCGGGAUUUACAGCCUCUAACUCAGAGCCGUGCAGGUGAAAUGACGCGCAGCAGUUUGUGUCUCUUUUUUUUUUUUUCCGGGGUUUUUGACUUGUUCCUCAACCUGAUGUUAAAGAGCUCCACCUCUGGAGUGGGCGUGCACGCGCACCGAGCCAUAUUAUGAACUGCAACCUGCUGCGCCUCACACACAACCUGCAGGAGUUCCUGGCCGCCCGCAGACUGCUGGAAGAUAAUUUUAUUGUUUAUUAUUAUUAUUGUUUGGUCCACGCGCAGCGGACGGUCAGCUCCAACUGUUUCUACAGAAUGACUUCAGCCAGAGGAGCCAGCCUGUGUGUGAGAGUCGGAUCUGAUGGUGUCUGCUGACCGAACCGGAGCGCUCAGAUUAUUAAAUGUUGCGCUUCAUCCUGAGGCAGCAGGAGCCAGACAUGAGAGCCGGAGCGAUGCUUUUAUUUUACUUUGAGUACUCCAAAUGGCUUGAAACACGACCCGACCUCUGCGUCUGAUCGGUGCGUUGAGACAGAAACCUCCUCGGGUGGACUUUGGUUACCUUUUACGCGCAGACUUUGCGCCCGGACUGAAACUCCAAACCAGGCUCUGUCGGGGCUCCGGACAGCACCAUCAUGACCGGCUGCCUGCUCGCUCUAAUCGGAGUGUGGUGGAGCGCGUCCUGCUGCGCGUUCAUGGCGGCCGGGAGCCACUUUUCGCCGGACGGAACCCCGGAGGCGCACCCGGGCUUCGUGCACCGGCGGCUGCGGACGCACGAGAAGCGCGAGAUGCAGAAGGAGAUCCUGUCCAUCCUGGGGCUGCCGCACAGGCCGCGGCCGCACCUCUCCCACGGGAAGUACAACUCCGCUCCGCUCUUCAUGCUGGACCUGUACAACACCAUGUCCGGCGAGGAGAAGGCGGACAGGCUGAGGUCCGCGCGCACGACCCAGAGCUCUCCUCUGGCGACGUUUCAGGAAACAGCCUUCCUGAAUGACGCGGAUAUGGUGAUGAGCUUCGUUAAUCUGGUGGAGUUCGACAGGGAGCUGUCCCCGCAGCGACGUCACCACAAGGAGUUUAAGUUCAACCUCUCGCAGAUCCCAGAGGGCGAGGCCGUCACCGCCGCUGAGUUUCGCCUCUACAAGGAGUGCGUGAGCGGGGCGUUCCGCAACGACAGCUUCCUGCUCAGAGUCUACCAGGUGGUCAAGGAGCAUCCUGACAGAGAGGCGGAUCUGUUCCUGCUGGAGUCUCGCAGACUUUGGGCCACCGAGGAGGGCUGGUUGGAGUUCGACAUCACCGCGACCAGCAACCUGUGGGUCAUGAGUCCGGCCCACAACCUGGGUCUGCAGGUCGGCGUGGAGACCAGCAGUGGGCAGAGCAUCAGCUGUAAGGAGGCGGGGCUUAUAGGGCGUGACGGYGCACUGGAGAAGCAGCCUUUCAUGGUGGCCUUCUUUAAAGUCAGCGAGGUGCACAUCCGCGCCGCCCGCUCCACCGGCGGGAAACGGCGGCAGCAGAACCGCAACCGAUCCUCGCAGCCGAGAGGAGCAUCCCGAGGUCUGGGCCCCGCAGAUUACAACAGCAGCGAUCAGAAGACGGCGUGCAGACGACAYGAGCUCUACGUCAGCUUCAGGGAGCUGGGCUGGCAGGACUGGAUCAUUGCUCCUGAAGGCUACGCUGCCAACUACUGUGAUGGAGAGUGCUCCUUCCCGCUGAACGCCCACAUGAACGCCACCAACCACGCCAUCGUGCAGACGCUGGUGCACCUGAUGAACCCUGAGAACGUACCGAAGCCRUGCUGCGCCCCGACCAAACUCCACGCCAUCUCCGUGCUCUACUUCGACGACAACUCCAACGUCAUCCUGAAGAAAUACAAGAACAUGGUGGUGCGCGCCUGCGGCUGCCACUGACGUCCAGCCGGAGCGAGUCGGCACGAGACGGACCCCAGCAGCUUCAACGUGAAUGUUUUUAAAUAAUCCUGGCUCAGAGGAACACACACUAACACCUGGAGCCAAAACUUCCACUGACUCUAACAGAGYGUUUCUGAGGAGGACAGCAAGUUUAAGUUUGUAGAUUAUUUGUUUCAGUUUUGAMCUCCUGAAAAGCAAGAACUAAGACGUCCAAAUCGUUUCAGACGAACUUCUCGGCUCGUCCAGUUUUUUUUUUUUGGUUCAGACACUAACAGAAACAUGACACACUGGAGUCAGUGCCUUCAGAUUUCCUUCAAGCCAUAUUUGCGUUCCCAAAAUAUAAUAUGGACUGAACCAAAGUGACCACAGGCUAUUUCAGCAGCCGACGGCUCCAAAUAAUGCCCAAAGAGUCAAUAUUUGUGAGGCUCGGGCCGAGCUGCCGUUAGAAAACUGAGCGAUCCCUCCUACAAGCCGCAGGCGACCGUUUCUGUGUCGAAGCACUUCCACCCCCCCGACAACCCGUCCUGAGUUCGUGGAAAAACUUUUGACCAAAACGUCCCGCAGAGGACCGUGUCUGAAAUUAGCGCUUUGACAGAAAACGAUGUCGAGGUUUGUGUUCGGCGUCGUCUCGUCCUGAAAGGAUUCUUUCAGUCGUGUUUCAGUGGAAAAAAAACAACAACCUUAUAUCGACGUGCCUAACCCAUCUUAAAUUACAAUAUAUACCUCUGGUAAGCUGCUGUUUACAUUUGUGAUCAUGUUCAAAGUGUUUUCUGUAAAUACUUAUUUAUUGCACCUCUUAUUGACAAAGAAAAAAUUAUCACAAUAACACACAAACAAAUGGAAAACUUAUUUUUGCUAAAUUUAUUAUGAAAGCUCAUGUUACAACUUUCCAAUAUUCACGUUUUAUUUUUUAUUUUUGUACAAAACCCUUGGGUUUGCACAACCCAGAUAAACAAAAAAACUGCCACUGAACUGUCUGGAACCAUGUGCUAUUCAUAAAAGGUUUUACUGGAAAAACAAACAAACAAAAACAACCUGCUGUGUCYGUUUGUGUUCCUGUUGGACAGUAAACGUGUCCUGCAUCACGCAGCGCACUUUUUUUUUUUUUCCACAGAACUGGGUCAAAGACGUGGCCCAACAGGUGGCUGCAGUUCACCAACCACACGAUUCAAAAAAAGAAAAAG